GCCAUGCAUACAGUAGCAUCUGUUUCGGGAGAGGAAUGUGAAAACGAAGGAAAUAAUUGCUGUGCUGGUUACGUAUGGAGCAUCACCGAGGAACGCUGUAUAGGAUGUAUGGCGGGUUAUGGCGGUCUGAAUUGUGCAUUCCAAUGUCCUUAUCCACUGUAUGGUCCGGGAUGUCAAAGGAUAUGCGAGUGUGAUAGAGCUACAUGUGACCGAACUAGUGGCUGUCUUAGAACGAGCACCAAACGAGGACAAAUCAUAUAUACGAAAGAGGACAAAGGGAUAAUAGCAAGCAGUGAAAGUGUAUUUGUCAUGCAUACAGUAGCAUCUGUUUCGGGAGAGGAAUGUGAAAACGAAGGAAAUAAUUGCUGUGCUGGUUACGUAUGGAGCAUUACCGAGGAACGCUUUAUAGGUAUACGUUAA